CCCUAUAGUUACGGUCAAGACCUAUGUAGAUAGACAGAUGGGAACCUCCAUUCAGGGGUUAUUUCUACGAGUUGUAGUCUUCAAAUUCAAAAGUGUUGUCAGCCGUAUCCCCCUGUGACGUAUAGAUGAGUCCAAAUUGCGUUUGCGUUAUUACGUUUGCGUUAUUACCAUGGAAGCUGAGGUAGCUAGAAGAGGAGUCGCUAUCACCUGAAUAUUUUCUAAGCGCAACCGGAACGCCGUGAAGACUUGGAGGUGCGGGGCUACUCAAAGUUGUUAUAGCCUGUGUCGAGAUCAUGUGCGUACGCUAUAGCACCUCAACCCGUUUCAUCGGGAUCCGACCCGACUUUGUCAAGUGGUGAUGUAUCAACAAACUGCUUACUUCCUUUUGAAUUCAGCGGGCUGUCAAGGUCAGGUGUAAUGUUCUAAUUUCUUCAGUCAUGUCUUUGGACCUCUCCAUCACUGGGCAUCGCACCUCACUUCCUCAGCACAAGAGCCGCAGUGCUUACCGUUUCAAAGCUGCAAACUCCUAUGUGGAUGAAACUCUCUUUGGAAGCUCAGGAGGGAAACCAGAUCCCAUUAUAAAAUGGAAUACAGCAACUCCGAGACAGAAACCCCUACUUUGGAGCCCAGCAACAAAUACAGAAACAAAUGGCAAUAUCAGCAGUCGGACAAGCUCUACCCCAGGAGGGACCCCCAGGAAAAAGAUUCAGUACAGGGUGAAGAGCCGCUCUCCUUCUUAUUGUGAUGAGACCUUAUUUGGACAGAAAAUAGAGGAUUGUGGUUGGGAAGCCCCCUGGAUAAAGAAGGAAGAUCUUGUGAGACCACGCCCCCUUCUUUGGAGCCCUUCCCCCACAAUAAGACCACAGAACUCCAAGACAGUUACUAAACAACUUCCCCUCAGAGCUGUGCAUCCGCCUGAUGUUUCAGACCAUACUUUUGAAACUUACAAGAGUACAAGAAACUUCUGGAGGCCCCCAGACACUGACACUGACUCUGAGCAGUCUCCAUCUAUGAUGAGCUCAUCACUAAAUACAAAAUCCAACAGGGGUCCGGUUGGAAAAGAUAGUGCACGAUCAGUUAGCACAGGGAGGGUAACUGCCAGAAGAGGAUCGGGAUCCAUUCAAGACAAGCCACCAUGGAAAUGAGACUUGGUUGCAAAGAGAGGGGAAGAGCAGUGCUCACAACUACAUUUUUUUCAUGGUGCUUUAAAGCUGUUAGCACCAGUAAAGACAAAGGAAGAGUCUUGUACUGAGAAGUGGCAUUGCUGUGCUUAUAGAGAGAUCCUUGUAAAGAUAAUUGAGUUUGCCUUGUAUAAUGAGCAUUAUAUUGAUUGAGUGUGCCUUGUUUAGUGAGAAUUGUAUUGAGUCAGUGUGUCUUUAUUUGCCGAGUGUUGUACUGAUGAGCGAACAUGCCCUGUUUGAUGAGCGUUGUAUUGAUGACCGAAUGUGCCUUGUUUGAUGUGUUGUACUGAUGAGCGAGUGUGGCUUGCUUGAUGAGUGUUGUACUGAUGAAUGAGCGUGUCUAGUUUGAUAAGCCUUGUUUGAUGAGCGUCAUACUGAUGAGUGAGUGUGCCUUGUUUGAUGAGCGUGCCUUGAUUGAUGAGAGUUGUACUGAUGAGUGAGCGUGCCUUGUUUGAUGAGCGUGCCUUGAUUAAUGAGAGUUGUACUGAUAAUCGAGCGUACCUUGUUUGAUAAGCAUCGUACUGAUGAGCGUACCUUGAUUGAUAAGCUUCGUUGUGCUGAUGAGCAAGCGUGCCUUGUUUAAUGAGUUGUACUGAUGAGUGUGCCUUGUUAGAGCAUUGUACUGAUGAGUAAGCAUGCUUUGAUUAAUAAGUGUUGUACUGAUGAAUGAGCGUGCCUUGUUUGAAGAGUGUUGUACUGAUGAGCCAGCGUGUCUUGAUUGAUGAGCAUUGUACUGAUGAGUGAGUGUGCCUUGAUUGAUGAGAGUUGUACUGAUGAGCGAGCAUGCCUUAUUUGAUGAGCGUGCCUUGAUUGAUGAGUUGUACUGAUGAGCGAGCGUGCCUUGUUUGAUAAGCGUUGUACUGAUGAGCGAACGUGCCUUGUUUGAUGAGCGUUGUACUGAUGAGUGUGCCUUGUUAGUGUUGUACCUAUGAGUAACCAUGCUUUGAUAAAUGUUGUACUGAUGAACGAGAGUGACUUGUUUGAUGAGCAUUGUACUGAUGAGUAACCAUGCUUUGUUUGAUAAAUGUUGUACUGAUGAGCGAGCGUGAUUUGUUUGAGCGUUGUACUGAUGAGUCUGCCUUGUUUGAUAAGUGUCAUACUAAUUAGCAAGCGUACCUUGUCUGAUGAGUGUUGUACUGAUGAACGAGAGUGACUUGUUUUAUGAGCGUUGUACUGAUGAGUGUGCCUUGUUAGUGUUGUACUUAUGAGUAACCAUGCUUUGUUUGCUAAAUGUUAUGCUGAUGAGUGUGCCUUGUUUGAGCGUUGUACUGAUGAACGAGUGUGCCUUGUUUGAUGAGCGUUGUACUGAUGAGUGUGCCUUGUUUGAUAAGUGUCAUACUAAUUAGCAAGCGUGCCUUGUCUGAUGAGUGUUGUACUGAUGAGCGAGAGUGCCUUGUCUGAUGAAUGUUGUACUGAUGAGCGAGCGUGACUUGUUUGAUGAGUGUUGUACUGAUGAGUGAGCGUGACUUGUCUGAUGAAUGUUGUACUGAUGAGCGAGAGUGCCUUGUCUGAUGAGUGUUGUACUGAUGAGCGAGCGUGACUUGUCUGAUGAAUGUUGUACUGAUGAGCGAGCGUGACUUGUUUGAUGAGUGUUGUACUGAUGAGUAAUUGUGCUUUGUUUGGUGAGCGUUGUAUUAAUACAUAAGUGAGCUUUGCACCUACAUUUAUUAUUUUAUGUUUUUUACAUGAGAGAGAAGGUUUUUGAAAGCUAUAUUAAAGCGAAUCUAUUAAAAAACAUAAAUUGUUUAAAAAGAGCUUUUGUAAUCAGGUCAGGGUUUUUCUUUAAAUGUAUCCAUUCUUUGUGAACGGGUGUCCACUCUGUAUUGCCAAUGACUACUACGUGCUUGGCAUAAUAUGGGAGAUUGGGUAAAGUCUGCUUUAAGAUAACUACAGAAGCAUACAGGGCAUGCAGACAGGCAGUAAGGCAUAGAGUGACUGCUGCAACCACAAUAAGUAUUUUACUGAAUACAGUACAUAUAUCAUUCAGGGGUGUAAUAGUUGUAUUAACAAUUGUAAAAUUAUUGUGUUGUGCUGAAAGUUGUGGGUUCUCUGUACUGAGGGUGCGAGAGAGCACAACAUACUGAUAGUUCAAGGGUGAACCUCAUUUCUGCAUUUCAGAAGGGAUAGAAAAUUCUGUUUCAUGAGAACCCAGUGUCUUUUACAGAGACUCAUAAAGUUAUUUGUACAAAUGACCGAUUUAGAGGUCACAUAGAGUGCCUUGCAUGGUUACUGUUUAAUUGAGCUGUAUAAAAGUGCCUUACUUAGCAAGAACUUGAUUAGGAGGUGUGAGCUUGCUGUAGCCAGUUACCAAGUUGUAGUAAAAGGUGUCUUGCACAAGAGUAUUGUGAGAGUGCUUACAGGUGUGACUGUGACUUUGUGUGUGUUUCUUCAGUUGCCAGCAAAUAGAGGAUGUAGUGAAUAUGUCAAACAGUGAAUGAUGAUGGGUGUUAGGGGUCCUUGCACAUUAAGAACCAUUUAGUGUGUGGUAUUGUGCCUUUCAUUGUAAAAUGUAAGCAUGUCUUGUAUUAGAGAGUGGCUAGAUACCUAUGUUAUAGAGAGAGGUUCUGUGUUACUUUAUUGCUUUAAUUAAAGGGAUACUGAACCCAAAUUUUUUCUUUCAUGAUUCAGAUAGAACAUGCAAUUUUAAGCAACUUUCUAAUUUACUCCUAUUAUCAAUUUUUCUUCAUUCUCUUGCUAUUUUUAUUUGAAAAAGAAGGCAUCUAAGCUAAGGAGCCAGCAAAUGUUUGGUUCAGAACCAUGGACAGCCCUUUUUUUUUGGUGCUGUCCAAUCUGCAAGGACAACCCAGGUUGUUCACCAAAAAUGGGCCGGCAUCUAAACUUACAUUCUUGCUUUUCAAAUAAACAUACCAAGAGAAUAAAGAAUAUUUGAUAAUAGGAGUAAAUUAGAAAGUUGCUUAAAAUUGCAUGCUCUAUCUGAAUCACGAAAGAAAAAUUUGGGUUCAGUGUCCCUUUAAAUUAUAGUUCUUUAUUCUUCUUACAUCUGAAUUUCUCUCACCACGAUUGAGUGACCUUAUACAUUUUGCAUUUUUCCUUCUUGUCUGUCCUUUAAAAUGCACUUAUACUUUCCCUGAGCUUAUGCUUUUGUAUUAUGUAAAUGAAAGUGACCUGUAUUCAUGUUUGGUACCUCUUUUUGAAAUGUAUUUUAUUGUUAAGCUGAAUCCCCAAGUCUGAGAUAUUAUCUAAAUUUACUUGACAUUAAAGAGGCAUUUUGAA